CAGUUAAUCCAAACUAAUUUUUACUAAGUUAUUGAUAGAGACAACCUAUCUAUUUGUAUGAACUCUUGUGAUAAAAGGGAAAUACUGCUUUAUUGAUAAGUUUAAGCCAAGUUACACAGAGAUGUUAAGGACUCUCAACUCCUACUACAACUUGACCAAACAAUUGAUAACCUCAACAGACUCCUCUACUACUUUAUUUAUACUCCUAACUCAUGUGAAAGCCCACAACUAUUGUGAGUCACAACUACGCUACUUGACAAAGCCAUGUGCCCACAACCGUAAUGACAAUGACUCUUAUUCCUUUAUUCAACCAUGCCUAAUACUCCCAACUCGGUACUCCUAAUACUCCAAAUCCAGUACUCAUCCCUCAAUACUCCAAAAGCCAGCUGUCUCCUCUUUACCGUUACUGCUUUGCUUGUCCCCUUCGCUUGUACUGAUAUAUGAUUGGAGGACGCUCAGCUCCGUACGUAUCAAUACCCCGCUCUUCGAAAUCGACCUUGUCCUCAAGGUCCAAGUCAGGAAACUGACCUCGCAGCAGACUGAUCUCCUCCCAAGUGCAAUCAUGUGUCGGUAGCCCCUUCCACUUAAUCAAGACCUCCUCUCUUCCUGUCUUCUCAUUUCUCCGCUUCUGAACCACUGCCUCUGGCUCGGUCUCCAGCACCCCAUCCGACGUCAGUUGUGACGGAAUGGCCAUGGUUUCCACUGUCUCCCCGACGACCUUUUUGAGCUGGGAAACAUGGAAAGUAGGAUGUAUCUUUGUUCCCUCUGGUAGCUUCAGUUUGUAGGCUACACGCCCUACCUUAGCCAGUACUUCGAACGGUCCAUAGAACCUCGCAGAUAGCUUCUCGUUGAUGCGUUUUGCCACCGAGCGCUGUCUAUAGGGGCGGAGCUUCAGCAGAACCAUAUCCCCUACCUCAAAUUCCACUUCUCGUCUGUGACAAUCUGCUCUCUGUUUCAUCAACUGCUGUGAGCGAUGCAACUGCUCCUUGAUGGUUUCGAUCAUCUGAUCACGUUCUUUCAGUUGAUCUUCCAACUGCGCAUUAGCUGUCGAUCCGUCCUCAUACCUGAGCAGCGUUGGUGGUUCUCUCCCAUACAGAGCCUUGAACGGCGACAUUUGCAGUGCUGAGUGAUAUGAAGUGUUGUAGCUUAGCUCAGCCCAUUCCAAGAACUUUGCCCACGUCUUUGGCUUAUCUCCCGCAUAACACCUCAGAUAGGUCUCCAUACUUCUGUUGGUUACCUCAGUCUGACCAUCCGUCUGUGGGUGAUAGGCCGUACUGAAGCAUAGCUUGGACCCCGACAGCCUGAAGAGCUCUUUCCAGAACAGACUAGUGAACACUUUAUCUCGGUCCGAGAUGAUCGUGCGUGGAAAUCCAUGUAACUUAAUCACCCCCUGAACGAAUAGCUGAGCCACCUCAGGCGCUGUGAAAGGAUGCUUGAUCUUGAUGAAGUGAGCAUACUUGGUGAACCGAUCCACCACUACCAGCACUGCAUUGUAUCCCUCUGACUUUGGUAGUCCUUCCACAAAAUCCAUGGAGAUAUCUUCCCAUACUUGUCCUGGAACCGGCAAGGGUUGCAGCAAUCCUCCAGGAGCAAGCGUAGAGUAUUUCUGACGUUGACAAAUCUGACAUUCCGCCACAUAUCUCCUAAUGUCUGUCAUCAUACCCUUCCAGUAAAAUAACUCGCCAAUGCGCUUCUGUGUUUUAAGCAUUCCUCCGUGUCCUGCUAUUUUACUGUCAUGAUGCUCCUGCAUUACUGUCUUCACCAAAGGAGACUCUCUUGGCAACACAAGCUUCCCGUGUCUUAGUAAUCUUCCCUGAACCCACGCAUAAUCUGGAUGUUUGUUGGGGUCCUCUCUUAGCUCAGAGAUCAGCUUCUGCAACUCUUCGUUUCUGUCAACUUCCCCACAGAUUUCCUCUAGCUGCAAGGCUGUUGACACCGUCACUGCGAACAACUCGGCAACCUCAGCCUUUCGCGAUAGGGCGUCAGCGGCCUUGUUCUCCAGGCCCGGCUUGUAAGCAAUAUCAAACUCAAACCCAAGCAGCUUGGUUAACCAUUUUUGAUAUUCCAUGUUGAUCUCCCGUUGCUCCAGUAAGAACUUGAGACUCUUUUGAUCUGUUCUGACCAAAAAAUUUCUGCCCAACAAGUAGUGUCUCCAUUUUUGCACUGCGAACACGAUUGCCAUGAGCUCCCUCUCGUAAACCGACUUCAGCUUCUGCCUCUCCGUUAAGGCUUGGCUGAAAUAGGCUAUUGGCCUCUGCUGCUGCAUCAGAACAGCUCCGAGCCCCACACCAGAAGCAUCAGACUCGACGAUGAAGAGAGCAUCGAAGUCUGGCAUGGCUAGAACUGGAGCUGUCGCCAUGGCUUCUUUAAGCUUCACAAACGCCCCCGUGGCUUCUGCACACCAUCUAAACUGAUCUUUCUGCAACAGCGAAGUCAAGGGUCGUGCAAUACUCCCAUAGCCGAGUACAAACUUCCUGUAAUACCCUGUGAGGCCUAAGAAGCCCCUCAAUCCCUUGACCGUCCGUGGUUCAGGCCAGUCCACCAUUGCUCGCACCUUCUCGGGGUCAGCAGCCACCCCCUGAGCCGAGAUGAUGUGGCCCAAGUAUUCUACCUUCUCACUCCCAAACUGGCACUUCUUUUGGUUAGCGUACAACUGGUUGUCUCGCAACAACUGCAACACCACCCCUAGAUGCUCUCUGUGAUCCUCCUCGGUCUUGCUGUACACCAAGAUGUCGUCAAAGAAGACGAGAACAAAACGACGCAGGUGGGGACGGAAGACCUCAUUCAUGAGUGAUUGAAAUGUAGCUGGGGCGUUCGACAGCCCAAACGGCAUAACUAAGAACUCAUAGUGGCCAUCGUGCGUGCGAAAAGCGGUCUUAGGUACAUCCUCCGCCUUGACUAAGAUCUGAUGAUAGCCUGCACGAAGGUCGAGCUUGGAGAAGACCGUCGCGCCAUGGAGCUCGUCCAACAGCUGAUCAAUCAUCGGUAUCGGGUACUUGUCCGCCACUGUUACUCGGUUAAGAGCCCGAUAAUCGACACAGAACCUCCAGCUUCCGUCUUUCUUUUUCACGAGCAAAACAGGGCUAGAGAAAGGGCUAUUGCUUUCUUUAAUGAUCCCAGCUGCUAACAUCAACCCAAUCUGUCGCUCGAUCUCUGCCUUUUGCGCAUGAGGGUAUCGGAAGGGUCGGACGCUCACGGGGCUAGCUCCUGAUUCUAGGAGGAUUGCGUGCUCCUUCCCCCUCGUAGGAGGCAAUCCACUCGGUUCUUUGAACACAUCCAAGUACUGGUUCGUCACUUCUUUCCAUACCGGAGACGUGGUUGCGUGAGAUGGAGCUACUGCAGCCUGCAACCCACCAAACUCGAUCAACAUCCCAUCACCUUCCUUCUCCAUAGUCUUCCAUAUGGACUUGAGAGAGACUGCUGCUGAGUGGAGACUGGGAUCUCCUUGUAGCAACACCCACUCCCCAUCCAAUUUAAUUUUCAUCCGCUGAAGCUUCCAAUUUACUCUGGUCUCUCCAAGAGUAUCGAGCCAUUGUACCCCCAAGAUCACAUCGGCAAUACCCAACUCCAGAGGCAGGAAGCUCGUGUGAAUGGUGCAUUCUUGAAGCUUUAGCUCUACCCCUGUGAUUACUCCCCUUCCUUGUACCUUAACCCCACCAGCUACCAAGACACCGUAGCGAGUAGUGUUCUGUGCCUCUAGCCCCAGCUUCUUCGCUAUCCUCUCUGAGAUGAAAUUAUGAGAGGCUCCGCUGUCGAUGAGCACUAUCACUUCUUCCCCACCGAGCUCCCCUUGUAAUUUCAUGGUCCGAGAAGAGGAUAGUCCAACCACGGAGUUUAUCGAGACCUCCGCCACCACGGCUUCGACCUCGCCGUCUUCCUCCAGUAACUCACGGGGCUCCUCCUCUAGUACUUCUUCGCUUCCAUCGUCGUACAUGACGAGCACCGUAAGUUCCGGUUUCGGACAACGGUGAUUUCGAUGGAACUUCUCAUCGCAUCGGAAACACAGACCCGCCGCCCUUCGCUGCUCGAUCUCCGCUGGCGUGAGCCGUCGGAACGGAGCCUUAACCCUAUUGUGAUAGGUUACGGUUUUUCCGGCGUCCCCCUUUUCUUUCUUAGCCAUUGGGCUCUGGUUGACACUGGGCUUCGAUUUCUGUUGACUCGGCCCGUUAGAGCUUUGUCUGUUUACGAACGUAGACGUUCCCCCGUUACUGGACUUGAAGUUACGGCCCAUUAAGGAUCCAUAGGGUUUUGUCUCGUCGUCUUCAUCGUCUUCCCACGCUUCCACCUUUCGAGCUACCUUCAUCAUUUUCUGCAAUGUCGUUGGUUCAAACAUCCUCACGCCAGCUCUUAUGCGAGAUUUCAAUCCCGACAUAAAGGCCAUUUUGAGCAUCGUAUCUGGCACCUCCGGAGCGUUCGUCGCCAGCGAGAUGAACUCCCGACAGAAUUCCUUGACGGUCCCUUCCUGUCGGAGUCUCAAGAGUCUUUCGCCGGCCGAUGUGUCCUUCAUCGUCGAGUACUGCUCUAAUACUCUCUCCUUCAUGUGGUUCCAGCUGCGAAACGGGUCUCUGUCCCGUUCCCAGCGGUACCAGAGCAGGGCAUCCUCCACAAAGCACAUCCUCACAGCCUUCAACUUUUGCUCCUCCGUGAACUCACUGAGCUCGAAGUACUGCUCUGCCCUCAGCACCCAACUGUCUGCUUGUUCACCAUCGAACAACGGCAGCUCUAGUUGGUCUGUUAUGGUUCGGUCUCGGUCCUUGCUGCCCUCGGUCUGGUUGGACCCCCGCGAACAAGACCCGUUCCUCUCCGAUACUCCCCCUUCAGCCAACUUCGGAGUUUGAAUCGGAACGGUACCGGCUUCUUGCGUCACCGGCCGCAGAUCCUCCUCUUCGGGUGUUUCCUCCUCCUGGUGAGCCUUUUCUUUGGCGACUUCGAGCGAACGAGCUUGCUCCCUCAUUUGCUCGUCCUUCUCCUGCUCCCAUCGCGCAAAGAAGGCACUCAUCUGUUGUUGCAUCGCCGACAAGGUUUGUUCCAUCGUAUCCACCUUUGUCAUGCUCUGCUCCAAGGUAGUGAUGCGGCCCAACUGCUGUUGCACUUGUUCCGCGGUUUGUUCAGCUUCAGGUUUCUUAGGUGGCAUCGUAUUCCUUAGAUCUACAAGCUCUGAUACCAAUUUGAUAGAGACAACCUAUCUAUUUGUAUGAACUCUUGUGAUAAAAGGGAAAUACUGCUUUAUUGAUAAGUUUAAGCCAAGUUACACAGAGAUGUUAAGGACUCUCAACUCCUACUACAACUUGACCAAACAAUUGAUAACCUCAACAGACUCCUCUACUACUUUAUUUAUACUCCUAACUCAUGUGAAAGCCCACAACUAUUGUGAGUCACAACUACGCUACUUGACAAAGCCAUGUGCCCACAACCGUAAUGACAAUGACUCUUAUUCCUUUAUUCAAGCAUGCCUAAUACUCCCAACUCGGUACUCCUAAUACUCCAAAUCCAGUACUCAUCCCUCAAUACUCCAAAAGCCAGCUGUCUCCUCUUUACCGUUACUGCUUUGCUUGUCCCCUUCGCUUGUACUGAUAUAUGAUUGGAGGACGCUCAACUCCGUACGUAUCAGUUAUCUGGCAAAUUAGUGAGCAUAUUUUAUAAAUAUUUCUUUCUCGUUAUAUUAUUUACCGAAAUGAAAAGAGAUCAUUUUAUAUAUGCUGUCAUAGACUCAUAGCAUAGUCAAAAUUCUCGACCUCUUAUGCUGUGCAGGUGUCGAGAGUGAAGGAGGCAAAAGAUGGUGAGUUUGAGUUACUUUAUACACACGUUAGGGCUUCUCGUGCUCUGUUCUUCUUCAGUGGCAGCUAACAAAGAACCACUUUCAAAGGCCAAGUAUAAAGACCCGAAAGAGCCAGUGGAAGUCAGAAUCAAGAACCUGAUGAGCCAUAUGACCCUCGAAGAGAAACUCGGGCAGAUGGUUCAGGUGGAACGCGUCAAUGCCACAACUAAAGUCAUUAAAAACUACUUCAUCGGGAGUGCUUUUAGCGGUGGAGGGAGCGUGCCGGCGCCUAACGCCACCCCUGAAGCUUGGGUGAAGAUGGUGAAUAAGAUACAAAAGGCAGCUCUUUCGACCCGCUUAGGGAUUCCCAUUAUCUACGGGAUCGAUGCUGUUCAUGGUCACAAUAAUGCAUACAAUGCCACCAUUUUCCCGCAUAACGUAGGCCUCGGAGUCACCAGGGACCCUAACCUUGUGAAGAGGAUUGGUGAAGCAACUGCUCUUGAAGUUAGAGCGACAGGAAUCCAAUAUGUCUUUGCUCCAUGUAUUGCAGUGUGUAGAGACCCUAGAUGGGGAAGAUGCUAUGAGAGCUACAGUGAGGAUCACAGAAUAGUUCAACAGAUGACUGAGAUCAUACCUGGUUUGCAAGGUGACCUUCAUACAGGUCAAAAGGGUGUCCCUUUCGUCGCUGGAAAGACCAAAGUUGCAGCAUGCGCUAAACACUUUGUUGGAGAUGGAGGUACAUUGAGAGGGAUGAACGCAAACAACACGGUUGUGAACUCAAAUGGAUUGCUCAGCAUACACAUGCCGGCUUAUUACGAUGCGGUAAACAAGGGUGUUGCAACGGUUAUGGUGUCAUACUCGUCCUUAAACGGGUUGAAAAUGCAUGCCAAUAAGAAACUUAUCACAGGUUUCCUCAAGAAUAAGUUGAAGUUCAAGGGCAUUGUCAUCUCAGAUUUUCUAGGUGUUGAUUGGAUCACUACACCUCUUCAUGCUAAUUAUUCACAUUCUGUAAAUUCUGCUGUCACUGCUGGAAUCGAUAUGAUCAUGGGUUCAUCAAACUUAACAGAGUUAGUCGACGUCCUAACCAGUCAAGUGAAGAGAAAACUGAUCCCAAUGAGAAGAAUCAACGAUGCCGUGGAGAGAAUCUUGAGAGUCAAAUUCACAAUGGGGCUCUUUGAGGAUCCCAUGGCUGAUCAUAGCUUAGCCAACAAGCUAGGCUGUAAGGAACACAGGGAGCUAGCAAGAGAAGCAGUGAGGAAAUCUCUGGUGCUGUUAAAGAACGGUGAAAAUGCAGAUAAGCCCUUGCUUCCUCUGCCAAAGAAAGCCAAAAGGAUCCUUGUGGCGGGAACACACGCUGAUAACUUGGGAUACCAAUGUGGAGGCUGGACUAUCACUUGGCAAGGCCUCAAUAGCAACAAUCUCACCAUAGGUACAACCAUCCUCACCGCAGUAAAAAAUACGGUGGAUCCGACCACAAAAGUCAUCUACAACGAGAAUCCAGACACGAACUUCAUCAACUCAAGCCGCUUCGAUUACGCGAUCGUGGUCAUCGGGGAGACACCGUACGCUGAGGGAUACGGAGACAGCACGAACUUAACCAUAGCCGAACCGGGUCUUAGCACUAUGGAGAACGUGUGCGGGCUGGUGAAAUGCGUGGUGGUGGUCGUCUCGGGACGUCCGGUGAUGAUGCAGCCAUUCGUGGGGGAGAUCGACGCUCUGGUUGCGGCGUGGCUUCCAGGAACGGAAGGGCAGGGAGUGGCUGAUGUUUUGUUCGGAGAUUAUGGAUUCACCGGGAAGCUGGCUAGGACGUGGUUCAGGACAGUGGAUCAGUUGCCGAUGAACGUUGGUGACCCGCAUUAUGACCCGUUGUAUGCGUUUGGAUUCGGGUUGACCACAAAGCCAAAUAAACAGCUUUGAGAUUUUGGUGGAGAGUUCGUUUAGUGUUUGAUUGGCGCCAACGUCGAAAGUUAGUUAAGAAAAGAAAAAUCUAUAAAUUAUAUUUUAAAUAAUUUUGAUAGUGUUGUCAAAAAAAAAAAAAUUUGAUAGCUUAAACAGUUGAGUUUACAGUAUUGUUCCUAUGACAUUUAAAAUAUAAUUGAUUUUAGCUGAUCA